AUUUAUAGAAAUCAACAAUACGAACCGAACAGCUGGCAAUCAGUCUACAAUCAUCAACGUCGGAGAGCGCAACACAAAAGAUGACUUCAAAUCAGAGCACCAACAACUACCAAAUGUGGGGAGGACGUUUCAAUGGCCAACCCAACGUGGCUCUAAUGGAACUCAACAAUAGUCUGCCCUUCGAUGCACGUCUCUAUGCCGACGAUCUGGACGCAAGCAAAGCAUAUGCCGAGGCACUCAAGCGAGCAGGUCAUCUCAAUGACGCUGAGUGCGAUAAGCUGGUGAAAAGUCUGGAGCUGAUACGUUACGAUUGGAUCGAACGACUCGUCAAGUUUCUGCCCAGCGAUGAGGAUGUCCACACGGUCAACGAACGCAUGCUGGUCGAUCUCACCGGUGAGCUGGGUCAGCGUCUGCACACUGGACGCAGUCGCAAUGAUCAGGUGGCCACCGAUAUGAAGCUCUGGCUGCGCAAAGCCAUCCGCGAGACAUUGGGACGCCUUCGCCUUCUCAUCAACGCCAUUGCCAAGCAGGCGGAGUCACACCUGGGCGUCCUCAUGCCCGGAUACACACAUCUGCAGCGUGCCCAGCCGGUUCAAUUCUCCCACUGGCUGCUCUCGCAUGCCUUUGCCCUGCGUGAGGAUUGCCUGCGUCUGGGCGAACUGCGGGAUCGUGCCAAUGUCUUGCCCUUGGGCAGCGGCGCUCUUGCCGGGAAUCCCCUAGGCAUCGAUAGACUGUGGCUAGCCGAGCGCUUGGGAUUCGCAGCGGUUACUGGCAACAGCAUGCAUGCAGUGGGCGAUCGCGAUUUUGUGGUGGACUUUAUCUACUGCGCCUCUGUGGUCAGUCUUCAUCUGUCGCGUCUGGCCGAGGAUCUAAUCCUCUACAGCACCAAGGAGUUUGACUUCAUACGUCUGGACGACGCUUUCACCAGCGGCAGCAGUUUGAUGCCGCAAAAGAAGAACCCCGACAGUCUGGAGCUGAUUCGAGGCAUCUCUGGGUUGAUCACGUCCAAUCUGACGGGCAUCAUGAUGACCAUUAAGGGCACACCCUCGACUUACAACAAGGAUCUGCAAUUCGAUAAACAAUAUUGCUUCCAGGCCUACGACAAGCUGGCCCAAAGCUUAGACGUGACCGUGGGCGUAGUUCAGACCAUGAAAGUGCAGCGAGAGCAACUCGAAGCUGCCCUGAGUCCAGAUAUGCUGGCCACAGAUUGGGCCUAUUAUCUGGUGCGCAAAGGCGUCCCUUUCAGGCAAGCUCAUCACCACAUUGGACGCGUUGUGGCGCUCGCGGAGCAGCGUGGAGUCGAUAUAACCGAGGUGCCGCUGGGUGAACUGCAGCAGAUUUGUGCUGCUUUUGGUGCCGAUAUUGCCAGCGUGGCAGACUAUGGCAACAAUGUGCAGCAGUACGAUGUGAUUGGAGGCACCUCGACCGGGAGCAUUGCGGAACAACUGCGACUACUCAAGAAACUGGACAAGGAAUUACGCCAGCAGUCCUAGACGAGGGGACUGGCUUGUUUUUUUUUUUGGUUUUAUUUGAAUGUCGCUUUGGCUUCAAUUAUAGUUAACAAAAGUUGUAAAUAUUUUAAUAAAUGUUAAUUCUUUUUUAUA